AUGAUCAAGACUGUUGCUGUUUUACAUCCGGAAUUAGUUGAUUCCUUGAAAAAGGUUAGAGAACAAAGAGCCUUCAAUGUAGAAGAAUGGAUCGAUAAAAAGACAGAUUUAUUUAAUGAUUAUAUGAAGAGAUGUGGUUUGAAGGCUUGUCUCGUAUCUGUUUCUGGUGGCGUAGACAGUGCUGUUACAUUUGCUUUGGCAGAAAGAGCAAUGAGAAAACCAAAUUCACCAAUUAAACAACUACUUGGUGUUGCUCAACCUAUCAAAUCAACAGAAAAGAUUUGGAAGAGAGCUCUUGAGCUUGAACAAGCAUACGGAUCAACAGAAGGUGUUAGAGUUGUCUCAGUUGAUCAAAGUGAAAUUCACACACAAAUUCAAGAAAGAACAGAAGAAGCUCUCGGUAUUAAGAGUGGAGAUUUUGCAAGUGGACAACUCAAAUCAUAUAUGAGAACACCUGUUGGUUUCUUUGCUGCUCAAUUAUUGAGUCAAGCUGGUUUUCCAUGUGUAGUUUUAGGAACUGGUAAUUUCGAUGAAGAUGGUUACUUGUUCUAUUUCUGUAAGGCUGGUGAUGGUGUUGCUGAUGUUCAAUUAAUUGCUGAUUUGCACAAAUCUGAAGUUUUCCAAGUUGGUCAUGCUCUUAAAGUUCCACUUUCAAUUCUUGAAGCUCCACCAAGUGCUGAUUUAUGGUCUGGUCAAACUGAUGAAAAUGAAUUGGGUUUUCCAUAUGACUUUGUUGAACUCAUGACUGAAUUAAUGGUAAAGACUGAAGAAGAACAAAAAGCUAUCAAACAAUCAUGGAGUCCAGAAGCACUCAAUCAAUUCGAAGAAUUAUCUGCUGAAGCCAAACUUGUACAUAAGAGAAAUAAUCACAAGGCCAAGUAUCCAUUGAAUCUUAACCUCAUUCACCCAGUGGGUGACAAUUUUUCUUUCUAA